AUGGAAGUUAUAAAUGUGAAUGCAAUUCUAUUUUUAACAACAUUGGAACUUGUACUUGUACGUAUAGUUGAAAAACUAUCAUGUCGUGAUCUAAAUUAUGGUUAUGGUUGUAAGCAAUCAUGUGAAUGUGUCCAUGGAAAAUACAAUGGAAAUACAACACAUGCAAAUGAGAGUUGUACUUGUGAUCCCAGAUAUCAACCACCUCUUAGUUUUCAACUUAUUGAUCAAUGUGGUAGGAAUAUUUCAUUUGUCAAUCGAUCUUUAGGUUAUGAAGGAAGUUUUUUCUUGUUCUUAUCAGCAAUUAAUAGUCCAUGUAAUAAUGCAACAGAAGAUCGUGCAUUAGAUCCAAAUAAUUGUAUUACGAUUUGUGCUUGUCAACUUGGUGAUGAAAGACCCAACACAACUACGAUUUGUAUAGGUAUGAGUAAUCAAUAA